AUGAGGGCACCACCGUCACCAAGAAAAUCCAGAUCUGGUCUUUUUCUUUACCUGUAUUUUCGACUGCGUCAAUGUUUUAGCUGUCAGAAAUUGAAGAGAAGGUGGCAUAUUCACAAAUUGCACGUUCAUCAGUACGGUACUCGCUAUAACUUAAGUCCUCUUUCAGGAAUACAUAUUGAGGAUAUGAUAAACGAGCCCUCUGGCUUGUGUCCAAGGAGCGCCAAAAGGAAGCCACUCUUAAUAGCAAGGUUUUCAAAGGGCUGCCAAGAAUCACCAAGGGUGUAUGUACUACAAAGGAAUAGCUUGUCUCGUUUAAAGUUGAGCAAAAGAAAAUAUGCUCUGCGAUUCUACUGCAAUGAUUUUUUUGGCAAGGACUUAAGAAAAAAGGACGAAUAUAUAGAGGAGAGCCAUCAGCACUGUGCAGAAACUGUUAGAAAAAUCAAAAAAGUUACAGCAAAACAUGCUGAUGUGAAAAUAAUAUUUCAUGACAAGAAUACUAUAAGAAGUUACAAAUUGGGAGAUAAUGAUAACAGGAGAAGAACUCAGCCAGAAAUAAUUGAAGAAGAAGAUUCUGCUUCAGUGUACAUCAAUUUUGGUGAUAAUCAUUCCCUUAGAGUAAACGAUUACCAUACUUUGCAUAGGCAUUCUAAAAAAUUUCCUUCCCAACGACAAAAUAAUGUCAUAGUUGAGAAAGGUAAGUUGCUUGAGAAGCUUUUCGAAGGGCAACCUUUAAAGGAGAAAAAUAAUACAAAAGAAAAUACAGAGACGAUUGUGAUACACGGAUUUCAAAAUUCUCGUAUUGUUUCCUUUUCCCAUGUUACUUAA